UAUUAAUAUUUUUAAGUAAAAUUAAUAUGUUUUAAAGAGAAAAAAUGAAAUGGAAAAAGUAUUUAUUAUUAACAUUAAUCUUAAGAGAUGUUUAUGGAAAUAAACAAAGGAAAAUGAUAUGUCAUGCUAAAAAAGAAUGUUAUCCAGAGGUUUUUGAGGCAACCCAUGUUUUUCAAGUAGUUCAUGAAGAUCAAAUACUUCCUCCAGGACUUCAUAUACGUCUUGAUUUUAGCACAGGUAUAAAAGAAGCUAAGAUUAUAGAUGAGGAUGAAAAUGAUAAAAAAAAUGUUAUUUUAGUUUAUAAAGAUGGACAUAUUGAGUCAGGAAAUGUUGCUAAAGAAAGUCCAAUUUUUUCUAAUAUUCCUGAUAUUAAGCCUAAUCUUAAGAUAUCUCAAGCAGAACAUGAAGAAUUUUCUAUGGCAUUGAAGUUUUUAGUGUCAGAUAAAUAUAAUGAAUCAAUGGAACAAUUGGUUAAUGUUCUUUCUGUAUUAGAGGAAUUGUCUCAUGAAUUUGAAUUUGGAGUAAAAAUAUGUAAAUCCAGAGUUGCAGUAGAGCGGUUGAUUGAGCUUUUAGAGUCAUCAGAAUCCAUAUUUAUUAAAAAAUUAGCAAUUACAGUUUUGGGGUCAUCACUUCAAAAUAAUCCUCAAGCACUUGUAUAUAUUUCAGAUAUGAAGCUUACAAAGGUUUUACUUAAUAGAUUACAAUAUGAAAAUGAUGAUGGAAUAAAGAUAAAAGUGUUAUAUACAUUAUCUUCAAUUGUUAAAUCAUCAAAUGGAAUGAAUGAAUUUUAUAUGACACAAGGUGAUAAAAUACUUUAUGAUAUAUUUAAAAAGACGAAAAAUCCAUCAUUGAUAUCAAAAUGUGCUAGUUUUAUAGAGGAUAAUUAUUUUCAAGAUCAAAAUUAUAGCAAUGAUAAUUUUAAAACAACAUUUCUUUCAUUUUCUAUGUAUAUUGAUUCAGUUAUUAAACAUUGGUGUGAAGGUUUUCAAUCAGUUCUUUUUGAGAAUGAAUUAGAUGCAGAUUCUAAGGAAAAAAUAUUAUCUGUACUGAGCAUUUUGAAAAAAAAACAUUAUAGCAUAUGUAAACCGGUUAGUGGGUUUUUAGAGUUUUUAGAUCAUGAAACUACAUUAGUAUAUGAAAAAGGGCAUCCAUAUAUAGGUCUUCUUGAAUCAAUUCGACAUUUAUUUCAAACUUCUGAUGAGGAAGAUAGAGCAUAGUAUUAAAAUGUUCUUUUCUUUUAUAACAAUUGCGGCGGAGAUUGUC